CGACAAUUCUGUUUAAUAUCACAUAUGCGUUACUGUUUCAACGCGAUAAUAUGAAAAUACUAAGCAUAUCCAACAGAUAAGUGGGUAAAAAUCUACACUUCUUUGAAUACAAUUAUAAUGUUUAAGGCAUUGUUAAACAACCACUUGAUAGUAUUUCCGCACAUCCGAGAUUGGAAUAAAGAUAAAAUAAAGGAAACUAGGCCAUGUAAGAGAUUGUUUAUGUUUAUGUGAUAUUGUCAGGGUUUAUAAAAAGGUUAUUUUAAAAUUUUCGUCACUUAAAUAAGACAACUAGGAUUUCUAAGUAUUUCUUUAUUGAAAAUUUUUUAUUGCAUAUGAGUUUUUAAUUUUUUUAAUAUCAAAUAGUGAUUUUUAAAUGUAAAACAAUGAUUAUGCUAAAUCUAUUGACAUAUUUCAUAUUAGUCAUUUUAUUUAAUUUUACAAUUUGCAAAACAUGGAAUAGUAAUUUGCAACAAAGAUACGAUGGAUAUGGUCAGGAUUGGAUUUUUAUGCCUGAUGGAAAUGAUCAACCACAGGUUGCAGUACUAAAACGCGCAGAAAAUGAUGAACGAGACAUUUUUGAUGAAUCAGAAAUAUCUUUUAUUCUUUAUACUAGAUAUGGUUCUAAAAAUGGUACUCAAUUAUAUACGAACGAUACCAAAGAACUACAAAAUUCUAAUUUUGAUCCAUCUCGACAAACGAAGUUUAUAACGCAUGGAUGGAAAUCGAGUGCAAUGAGUACUAAUAUCGCCAAUUUGAAAGAUGAAUAUUUAAAACAUAAUGAUUACAAUAUCAUUAUGGUUGAUUGGCAACCUUUGGCUGCAAGCACAUUUUAUCUUGGACCAAUGCAAAAUACAAAACUGGUAGGAAAAGCAGCUGCUGAAUUUAUCGACUUUUUAGUUGCAGAAACUGGCCUUGAAACUGAAAAUAUUCAUUUUCUUGGGCAUUCUCUUGGAGCGCAUGUAGCUGGUAAUACGGGAAGUUCAAUAACUUCUGGUCAUUUAGGAAGAAUAACAGGUUUAGAUCCUGCUUUGCCUGGAUUUCAUUUACUUACAUCUAAUAAAACUCGAUUAGAUCCUUCAGAUGCGAUAUUUGUUGAUAUUAUUCAUUCUUGUGGUGGAAUCUUAGGAUUUCUACAACCUUUAGGCAGCGUAGAUUUCUAUCCAAAUGCAGGAACACCUAUUCAACCUGGUUGCUGUUGUAUUCCAGAAAUAAUAGAGGCAUGUAGUCACACUCGAGCGACUAUAUAUUUUACCGAAAGUAUUAGUUCUAAAACUGGAUUUGUGGCGAAUAAAUGCAAUACGUGGAAUCAAUUUAUGCAAGGAAAUUGCAAUUACUCCAAAACUACAUUGAUGGGAGAAUAUGUUGAUAAAACGGCUACUGGAACUUAUUUUCUUGAAACAGGAUCUGAACCUCCUUAUGCCAUAUCAAAAGAAAUAACUGAUAAUAUGAUUUAAAAAAAUUAUUAAUAUUUUAAAAUGAAUGC